AUGUCGUCGAUGAGCACUCCCGUGACGUUGUCGUACACUGAGGACGACAGCGUCACUACAAGCAGUGGUCAGCUGUCGGACACGGGGUCUGAGGAUGUACGUGGGGUAAGAAACUCGCUGUUCUUGGAACAAUCGCCGACUGGGCACACCAGGCCUGGCACACACAAUGCUACAAACGACACGAUACACACAGUAAUGGAGCCCGCUCGGCUGCGACGAGACGGGGACCGCAACGACGGGUUCAGGGUAUAUAUCGAUGCGAACAGGUAUGCGCCGUCCACCGUACAGACGCAACUGCAACGGGACGCCUCGAUGAGUUCGGAGCACACUGGGUACACACAAUACUAUGAUACGGUCUCGUGGGGGUUACGGGAGGAGCAGGACUCCUCUGGGUUGCUACGAGGGUUUGAGUACCAACGGAGCGGGUCCGGUGCUGGUGGAGCCUCCACUGACGACAGUUCUGCCGAGUCUGUGAAUACGGCUCUGUUGGGACGCGAGUCCAGGCUGCAGCUGCGCCUGCACAGCCGCGGCCGCCGCCACCACCACAGUCCCGGGAUUCACGCGUGUCUGACCACGAGAGGGAGCGUACAGACCGUAUCCACUGGUGUGUUGAUGAAUGAGUUGAAGACGCCGAAGCGAGACGCAACGAGGGACACGCUCAUAGCGCCUCCUGGUCCCUCCAGUGUCAGCACGCGACGGGGCGGGCGUGCCGGGCCUACUCCGCCGCACCUUGCCCUCGAGAACGCAAUUGAUCCAGAGAUCGAGGAAGCUGUGAAGCAGUUACAACGGGAAGUUGGAAUACCGUCAGAGGGCGGUGCGAGUUCGCGGAGCAGUAUUUCCAGUGCUGAGGAGUUCGACAGGACUUUGCACGAGUUCAAGAUCCCACGGCGGAUUCCUACGCCGCUUGUACCCCCCGUGUUGCUGCGGAACGCGUCGCGUUCCCCUCGGAGUCCCUCGUUGAUCGACAAACUGCUAGUGACGACUGCGCGGGACGCAUCGUCGCAGGGCAGUCCGUUACCGAGGAAGGAGACUCCGGUGGGGGCAGGUCUGGGCAUUUCUCACAGUCCACCAACGAUCCAGUUGUUGCAGAGUGUGAGUGGUGCGUCUCGAUGGCGGCCACACCCGGGGACACGCACGACGCGGAGUGUACUGGGGAGCCCUCGAGCACGAGACGACGCCACACCGUGGCCCGCCUUGAAACGCAUCUCCGCGCGGUCGUUGAGUCCCAUCUCUGAGCCCGCUGCAGGGACCACGAUGAGUCCACUGGCGUCACGCCCGAGCGCUGCACGGACCCGCCCACCGCGGGACGGGACCCCGCCGUACGCUGUGGUCUCUGUACCUGCAUCCGAGGAGCCCGUUGCGUCGACUGCGCGAUCCAAGGAGGUCUAUUCCCCGCUGCGGCUGGCCGCUUUGUUCUGCGUGUGUGCUAUGUUAGCACCGCUGUACUUCAUGGUUGGUGUUGGUGGUGUCAGUGAUCAUGAGCUUGCGAAACUUGUGAUGCGCGGUGCGGGUCCCUGGCCCCUUAAUGUUGACGUGCGAUGGUUACGUCGUCUAUGCGUGUGGGUUGGGUGCGUUGAGUUGUUACUGAUCUUUGCCGGUGUGGGGAUCGGUUUCGGUGUUGGACUAACUAGGUAA